AAAAGCUAAAUUUACUUAUCAUAUUAACGAUAAAUUAAAUCAACAAAUAUCGACAAUAAACCAAAAAUUUAAUGAACUCACACGUUCUGCUCGCGUCUGCACACUACCAUAUGUACGAGUACAACAACGGGAUCAUCAAACAACAAGAAAAUUGUGAGCUAGUCGUCGCCAUUACGUGGUUUGUUGUGGGUGGCAGUAACGAGUGAUUGCAGUGAUUUCAGUGAUUGUGCAUAUAACGAGUGGCGUGGCACGGCGCAUUUAUAGUGUGCUGCAAGCGGAGGAAGGGAAAUUUUACGCAUGAAAAAUGAACAAUGAUAAUUUUGGUUUUCCCACACAAGGCGAACGUCUGUUGCAAGCACAAAAUCGCAGAAAAUUCAGUUUUCCAGCAACGCUUAGUUCUGCCUCCCUCUUGGAGGUGAAUCAAAAUAUAACAAGGCGACGUCUUAGUAAUGUCAGUGAUGUGGUUACACGAAAACUAUCCUAUACGAUCGGUUGGAAGGCAACACAAAUACCCACACAGGAUAUUAUAUCACAGGGUCGUUGCAUUUGUGGUCAAUACAUACGGCGUCGACUACGCCGUUCGGGCUUAUUCAAUAAGAAACUGGGUUUUCAACGCAUACGCAGCAUACUCGGCACAUCCUCCAUGGAAGUAGUGCGCGAAGUGUUCCCAGCUGUAAUGGUGCUUGGUGACGAACUGGAGCGCAUGCAUCCGCGCGUUUAUACAGGCGUUGCCAGGCAAAUAUGUCGUGCGCCAGGCGGUGAAUUUCAUUCAGCCGAAACGGUUACGUUACUUUUAGGCGCAGUUGGACGUGAUUUAUUUCGUUCCGAAAUCACUUGGAGUAAAGUAAUUUCGUUAUUUGCCAUUGCUGGCGGUCUCUCUGUAGAUUUUGUACGUCAAGGUCAUCCGGAAUAUGUGCCAAAGUUGGUAGAUGGCGUUUCGGAGGUGAUUGAAGAUGAGUUGGUGUCGUGGAUCAAUGAGAAUGGUGGUUGGAUUGGUCUCAAUACCCACGUUUUGCCAGUGACUAGUAAUUUUAGUCCUUUAGAAUGGACGACAAUUAUUAUUGGCUGCAUUUUCGGUUUAUUUGUCAUUUAUAUGCUUUUAAGGUUUAUAUUUUUUUAUUUAGUGCCAAAAGUAUAUCAACGUCUGACUUCAUAGCAAAACGACAAGAAUCCAAAAUUCAAAAAUGCAUAUUUGUAUGUUCCCAUAAUGUACUUAUUUAAUUUUAUUAAAAAAAAAUGACAU